AUGAAUGACUUUGCGAAUUUAGAAAAAACUAUUGUUCGUGAACUGUCGUGUCGUUUGUGUCUGUGCACAGAUGUGGUCAAACUGAAGCCGCUGAGUGCCGAAGUUAAGAGGAAGAUCAAGAGACUCUUUGAUAUACUGGUUCGCACAGAUGAUGCCUUGCCCAAGGCUAUUUGCCAUGACUGUUUACAGCAAGUGUCUGCCCUUCAUUUAUAUGCCGUCAAAGUGGAGAAAACACAAAAGUUUUUGGAAUUCCAUAAAAUGAAAAUGCAAGAAGAAAAACGGGACAUUUCUACUGACAGGCUAUUGCACCCAAUUAUAACAACACUGUCGAACCAAAACUUAUCAGAUAUACAGAAAAAGCCUGCGAGCAUCACGCAAAAUCUUAAAUCGCCACCAUCAGAACUCCAGCAAGGUGACACGAAACUAGCGAAGUUCAAAAUACCAAAGAAGAAGUCACCUUCAGACAUGAAGUACAUGGAAGCGAUGACGUUAGAAGAAUUCGCUAACAGUGAGAAGCUAGACAAAAGUCUGCUUAGUACCCCAGGCACUAAGUCAUUUCUAAGCUGCUCACAGAAGAAAGAGACACAUCAGACUAGCAAAGCGGAUCUAGACUUGAAUACAGACAGUCUAGAUCCAGUGGUGUUGUUGGACGGCAGACCGGCCAAGCAGGGCGCAGCUCUGGAUCGCCAAAUUACACUUUUUUACAAAAUGGAAUGCUGCAUUUGUCACGAGAACGGAUUUCACUUCAGAUCCCUUAUGAAGCAUUACAAAGAAAGGCACGGCGUACCAGGCUAUGUAACGUGUUGCGACAAAAAGUUUCACUACUUCUACCCGAAAAAAAUUAUAGAGCACAUGGCAUUUCACCUUCAACCCAACAUAUUUAUGUGUCCAAGUUGCCAUCAGAACUUCCAAACUUCGCAAGAGUUGUACGAACAUCAAAGCAAUGGCGGUCGGUCAGAAGGCAAGAUCGUGUGUCCGCGAUGUUCGGAACGCUACCCGACCUACCACGAGCUGGGUUGGCACAUCAUUACACAUCGCACCGACAAACUCCAAUGUGACUACUGUGGAAAACAACUAAAACAUCACCAUCGUAAAAAGACCAUAAACCACAUGGAAGAUGUUAUUCUUUGUUCACAAUGUAUGCGAACCUUGAAAGCAAUUGAAAAGCAAGAAAAAGAAAUUAAAGAAAAAAUAAAAGCUAAGAGCAACGAGACUGUCAUGAUCCAAAAGUAUCAGCAGAAAUUCAAACAAGCCAUGGGACUCUCGGGCGACGAAGACGCAUCGACAGAUUAAAAAUAAAUUUGUUAAAAAAAUAGUAAUCUAG